AUGGGACAUUACUCAACUCAAUGUAGAGUAAAGAAUAACGAGGUAUCACACCUUACCCACGCAUACAAUGUCGAACCAACAUUUCUUAUGGAAAUCUCAGAGGAGAUUCCGCCAAUCAAUGUUGUCAUGCUGAAUGAAAUGAAGCUGACUCCAGUAAUGUUAGAAGCUAAGAACGAUGAGACAUCAAAAGAUGCUUGGUUCUUGGACAACGGCGAUAGCAAUCACAUGACUGGCGAUAAAGAAAAGUUCUUUGUACUAGACGAGGUAGUCACUAGAAAGGUGAAGUUCGGAGAUGGUUCCACGAUACAAAUUUGUGGAAAAGGUUUUAUCAUGUUCGAAUGCAAAAAUGGUGACCAGUGGCUUCUCGAGGGAGUUUUUUUCAUUCCUUCUUUAACAAGUUAUCUAGUGAGUCUCAGGCAACUUACCGAGACAGGUCACAGGGUGGUGAUGGACAAAGAAGAGCUUAAAGUCUUCGCUAAAAAUCAUUCAUGCCUUAUCAUGAAAGUGAGACGAACUCAUAAUCGACUAUAUUUAAUUUUCUUGAAAUUAGCAAAAUCGGUUUGCCUUUUAGCUAAUCUUGAAGAUCUAGCAUGGUUAUGGCAUGCUCGUCUCGGUCAUGUUAACUUCAAGCACUAA